GCAUGCGCACCCGCACAGAACGUCAUGGCUGACAUGAGUAGACUCGACUUUGCCGGAGCUUGAGUUAUCAAACUUAAUUUUUACACAUGUCGCUGCUUUGGAUUAACUACAAAAUCAAAUUACAGCUUUUAUUUAUACCUCGAUAAAGGAUUCCCAGGUGUCCUGUGUUUAACUGUUUAAGUUUUCUGGGAUCCUCGCUACAAUGAAGACAGAACAAGAAGGAGACAUUGUUGAAGAAGACCCAGGUUUUCAGGAGAAUGGAGUUAUUCAGACCCAUCAGUACAGCUCCGUCUCUCCUCCUAACUCUCCCUCAGAGCAGGACGAAGGCUUCUCCACGUACUUCGAGGAGAAAGUCCGCAUUCCUGAAGAUGGCAGCCAGUUCUUUAGUUUCCGAAAACUGUGGGCAUUCACUGGACCUGGGUUCUUGAUGAGUAUUGCGUAUCUCGAUCCAGGGAACAUCGAAUCCGACCUGCAGUCUGGAGCCAAAGCAGGUUUUAAGCUCCUUUGGGUGCUCCUCGUGGCCACCAUCAUCGGCCUCCUGCUGCAGAGGUUAGCGGCUCGUCUCGGGGUCGUCACGGGGAUGCACUUGGCUGAAGUCUGCAACCGCCAGUAUCCAGUUGUUCCUCGGAUAAUCUUGUGGCUGAUGGUGGAAUUGGCGAUUAUUGGCUCAGAUAUGCAGGAGGUGAUCGGAUGUGCCAUCGCCCUCAACCUCCUCUCUGUGGGCAGGAUCCCACUGUAUGCAGGCGUCCUUAUCACCAUCACAGACACAUUUGUGUUCCUCUUUUUAGAUAAAUAUGGUCUGCGGAAACUUGAAGCUUUCUUUGGAUUUCUCAUCACUGUAAUGGCUCUAAGUUUUGGUUAUGAGUAUGUUUUGGUGAAGCCCAACCAGGGGGAGCUCUUAAAGGGGAUGUUUGUGCCGUACUGCUCCGGUUGUGGCCCGGUGCAGCUGGAGCAGGCCGUGGGCAUCGUGGGAGCCGUGAUUAUGCCUCACAAUAUUUACCUUCACUCUGCUCUUGUCAAGUCCAGAGAUGUGGACCGGAAAAACAAGAAGGAAGUCAAAGAAGCCAACAAGUAUUUUUUCAUCGAGUCCAGUAUCGCGCUGUUUGUCUCUUUCCUCAUCAAUGUGUUUGUGGUGGCCGUCUUUGCUCAGGCUUUUUACAGUAAGACUAACUCCGAUGUGAUUCAAAAGUGCAAUGAAACAGGAAGUCCGCACACAGACAUAUUCCCUCCCAAUGGGACUCUGGAGGUGGACAUCUAUAAAGGGGGCGUGGUUUUGGGCUGUUACUUCGGUCAGGCUGCUCUUUAUAUCUGGGCCAUUGGGAUUCUCGCUGCAGGACAGAGCUCCACCAUGACGGGGACCUACUCCGGACAGUUUGUUAUGGAGGGUUUCCUGAAUUUGCGCUGGUCUCGUUUCGCUCGAGUGCUGCUGACUCGCUCCAUCGCCAUCACUCCGACUCUCCUUGUUGCCAUUUUCCAGGAUGUUCAACAUUUAACGGGGAUGAACGACUUCCUGAAUGUCCUCCAGAGCAUGCAGCUUCCAUUUGCUCUGAUUCCGAUUCUGACCUUCACCAGCGUCACCACCAUCAUGAAUGACUUUGCCAACGGAUUGGCGUGGAAGAUUGCUGGGGGCUUCCUAACCCUCAUUGUCUGCGCCAUAAACAUGUAUUUCGUGGUGGUUUAUGUGACCUCUCUGAACAGCCUCACGCUCUACAUCCUGGCAGCGUUCCUUUCUGUCGCCUACCUCUGCUUCGUCGGAUAUCUGGUGUGGCACUGCCUGGUCUCUCUCGGGGUGGAGUGUGUGGACUUCCGUAGUCGGAUUCCAGUAUCUUUGUCUCGUCAUAUUGAUAUUUACCUGCUCAAUGACAUGGACACAGAAGUCACAGACAGAUAACUACAGCCAAACCAGUCAAACUAUAGCCAAACACAUGGUACUAUGUAAAACAGUAAGGACUUUGAGCUACCUACAUGCCAUAAUGCCAUCAAGAAAUUACUACUCCUAUGACUACUACUACUAUUUUUAAUCCUACCACUGUAGAACUCGGGAUUGUGUUGCCAUACCUCAUAGAAUUUUCAAUUAGCCUCAUUAAACUUGUGGAGAUUUUCAGAUGCUAAAUACCAAACUUAGUGUUCAUUCUAAAGUCACCUGACACUAGUGUGAUAACUAUUCACCUUGCCUGGGAUGCAGAAUACACAUUACUGCAAUACUAUAAAGAUGUGCAUCUUGUCAGUUGGUGUGAUGGACAGGUGGAUUAGCCAAUCAGGGACAUGCAUCAUUCAUCUGUAUCAAAACAUAUAUGGCUUCUCAGGAUGAAAAAAGAAAGUGGGGAAAAAAUAUCACAGGGCUGAAAAAAAAAAAAAUUCUGCCAAAUCAAUGAGCAAAGCACUAAACUCUGUUAAUCUGAGAUGAGGUAAAUGAGAUUUAGAUCCAAAUGAUAGAUGACCUCCUUCGUUUCACAUGCGUCACCAGCCGUGUAUCUCUCUGUAUUAAAAAAUACACAGAUCUAGCAUUCUGGGCUUGUAUUCACCAGUUUUUAUCCCGAGUUCUAUUACAAUUACUGCUGCUUGACUAUACUACUACUGCUAUGUUACUAGCAUUAGUGUUACUGCUACAACUAUAACUGCAACUAUUAUUAUUAUUUCUGUAUCUACUACAUCUACUGCUACUUUUACUAUACCUGCUACUUUCAUUUUACUAAUACUGCUACUACAACUGCUACUACAAUUACUACCGCUACAACUACUAUUUCUGCUCCUGCUACUGCUACUUCUACUUUUACUAUACCUACUACUUUCAUUAUACUACUGCAACUGCUACUACAAUUACUACAGCUAAGGCUACAACUACUGUAUAACUACAACUACUAUUACUGCUACAAUUGCUACUACAGUUACUACCAGUGCUACAACUGUUACUGCUACUACGAGUACUGUUACUACUACUACCAUACUCUACAAUGUGUCAUAGUUGUAAAAUAAACAGACAACUGCAGUAUGAUGACCUGAGCUGAGAACAAUAGGUAAAUUAUGAAGCACUCUACCGCCACUAAGGCUGCGUUCACGCUGGUUCGGUCCUGGCUAAAUCCAGGUUUAGUCCUGACGUAGACCUGUUUUUGUCCUGGUCUAGUCCUGGUUUCGUUUUAGAUUUACUUCCAGUUUCGAUGUGGUGUGUGAGCAAAUGUGAAUGGAGAGCACAUUAAACCUUUGAGCACCAGCAUCAAAACCAAGUAAAAAAAUAACAUAGGUUGACAAAGCACCACAUAUAUAUUUUUUAAUGUUAUAUAUAUUUGCUUACGUAGAGAUUGUUAAAAACUAGAAUAAUAAGCACAGUGUACAAAAAAUCUUUAAAAUAAUGUUCUAAAUACAGCAAAAAAUGGGCAUUUCAUUUUCAAGCUUACCUUAAGUUUUAUAUUAAAUUAUAGCUUUUACAUAUCAGUGCCUUAGUCCUUUAUUACCAGUAAUUGCAUUUAUUGUUUGCAUUUUUUUUUUAUUUUGCUAAAAUCAUGAUCGAUGUAGAUUGACUUGAGUAUAUUUAUUCCCAGACUAAAUAUGUUUGUUGUACAAUAUUACAGAGGUCCUAAAUAAGUGUCAAAUAAUGAAAAAAAAUAAUCUGACUGCCUGUUUUGUUUAUGCUUUUUUUGUUUUUUUGUUUUGAACCUACACUCCGAUAACCAAAUUAGGUUUAAAAUACACUUUUUUAUAUAUAAGAGACACUUAACAAAAUAGGACUUAAAAAAGCACCUUGACUUCCAAGUACUAUCUAGAUGUUUAGUCUGGUGUGUGGCUUUGUUUUUCAUUUGACUCAUUCCUUUGGAUAAGAUAGUUUGCUGCUCUCAAAUGUCAAGCUUUAACACUCUGAGCACUUAAAACUUUGAAAUUAUGCUUUUACUUUGAAAUCCAGCCAAUGUAAAGUUGUUGGUCCAAUUUCAGUUUUGGGAGUUUUUUAUGUUUUUAUUCCCCAAAAUAAAAUAUAUUUAAUAGUAUUUGUUACAUUUCAUUGUUACAUUGAGAGUUUAGAUGUAAAGGAGUCUGUCGUUGUAAAUCUGAUGAGUCAUUGUACUGUUAUUUCAAGCCAUUAUAAGAAUUUUAUGAUGUUUUGAAACUUUGUAAGUUUUGAAUAGUAACGUGAAUAAAAUGUUGGGAUAAAAACUUGAAAAUGAUUUUUUUUUUUUAUGUUUUUGUUUUGUUUUGUUUUUUGAUGGAUGUGUAUAACAUGAUGAGAGAAAGGUUUGAUAUUGUGGUGAGCAUAUUUAACACACCUUCUGUAUCUCUCUCUCUGUCGUCCCACCAAAUUGCACAACUUGUCCCACCUUUAUUUUUAAGGUGGUCCCCCCAAUUCCAGGGCUGUAAUGUGAUAAAUGUUUUAUAAAACACAUUAUAAGAUGUAUAAGUGACUCUAAUCAACAUUCAAAUGAUCAAAUAUCAUAGUGUCAUAUUCAUAUUCACUGUCUUCCAUUAUUGUCUUUAUACAUGUAUAAAUGAAACUUCUCUGGUGAGGAUUGGUCUCCAUGGUGAUGUUAUUGCUUUCCCUGGAAUAUUGCAGUUUGGUAUUAAAGUUGUCUAUCUUGAAAUU